CAUCUCAGUCAAAACUCAGAAGGAGUAACGUAAUGCCUAUGAUUUAAACCGACAGCGCUCAUUAAUUGCGAUAGCCCCCCAUUUUCGUCUCUUUCAUAUCCGAUCAUCGUUUCCAUACUUAAAGCCGGAGCUGGUGUUGCCUUUAAAAUCCCACAAGAAGAAAAACCCCAAUUUUUUUAUCAAUUCGGAUCGUCGAUUUUCAAAACCCUAAUUUCAGGAAAAAAAAAAAAAAAAAAUGUAUCGCAACCCUUUUGAUCGAUUCCAGAUCUUCGUCCAAUCUCUGGACCUCGAAAUUUCAACCCGAACCCUAAGCUUGACCCCAACAGAAUCCCAAACAAUCCGCGACCUCAAGCUCUCUCUUUUCCCAAAUCAUCUACCUUCCCGAUCACCAUCUUCCCUCUAUUUCACUCUCAACGGUAAGCCACUCGACGACUCUUCUCGGAUUCUGGGUUCCCAAAUCGCUCCUCUAUCCACUCUUAUCUUGCGUACCAGAGCUCGCGGAGGUGGCGGCGAUGGCGGCGCCACUGGUGCCGAGUCCCGUGACUGCUACCUCAACAUGUACGCCGAGAAGAAGCCCGAUAAAGUCGACCCAAACGAGCAGAGGCUUUCCAAAUGGCAAAAUUGCGCUCUUUCGAGCGAACCCUUGAAAGAGCCCUGCGUGGUGGAUUUUCUCGGCAACGUGUUCAAUAAGGUGUCGCUCGUGGAGGCCUUGUUGGGGAAGAAGAUGCCCAAGGAGUUUGGGCAUAUAAAGGGUUUGAAGGACAUGAUCAAUAUUCAGCUUUCUGCGAUUCCGGGUAUCGAUCGCGACGGCGAUGGUUUCAGUGCUGGGGCGAGGUUUCAGUGUCCCAUUACAGGUCUGGAAUUCAAUGGGAAGUACAAGUUUUUCGCGCUGAGAACAUGUGGGCAUGUACUUAGCGCAAAGGCUUUGAGGGAAGUGAAAUCUUCAAGUUGCCUUGUUUGCCAUAAGGAAUUUACAGAGACUGAUAAGAUUGUGAUCAAUGGGAGUGACGAAGAGGUCAAGGUUUUGAGGGAUAUGAUGGAGGCUGAGAAGGCGAAAUUGAGGGAGAAGAAGUCGAAGAAGGUGAGGAAUGGUGGGGAAGUUGAGGUGGUGAAUGGGGAUAAGGGUGUGGCUGUUGAUUCCUCGAGGUUGAGUGGUAAAAAGCAUGGUAUUGACAACAAGGCUGGCGAGAAGGCUGUGGCUAAGGUAGAAGGGAAUGGAAAGGUUGCUAAUGGUGCAAAUUCUUUGAAAGGUGCAGCUAAUGGUAAUGGUGCUGUGAAGCGGUUCAAAGCAGCAGAUAUAGCACCUCCAAAUGCUAACAAGGAAGUGUAUGCAUCCAUAUUUACUUCGUCAAAGAAAUCUGAUUUUAAGGAAACAUUUUCUUGUCGAUCUCUCCCUCUCGGUAGAAACUGAUUUGGUGUUAUAGGAGUUGGAAAUUUACUAGUGUCUUGUUUGCAGAGUUGUCUCUCGUAUUUCAGCUUCUGUUGGAAUACAAAUUUCUUUAUAUGCAAAUUGGCAUCUGGAUAACAUUGUAUCAGAUCUUCUUGUCUACAAAAACAUAAUCCUUUAAUGUAAAAUAUUUGUUUCCAUGGCCAA